CACCUCCAAUAUCUACACUACAAUUUCACCCUUGAUUUAAGUAGUGGCCAAAGUGUGUCAUCCUCUGCGUUCUUGUAGUCGUGCACUGAUGAAAUCGUGCACUAAACAUGUUUGUAUUUUGAUAAAGAAUUAUUCCAUCUUAUAUUUCUAUAGACAAAGAUACAUGAGUGAAAUCCACAGAAUGUAUUUGUUUUCUCUGGUCUGUUCAUCAGAUGAUAUUAUGAAAGAAGAUAAACGAGACCUCCAGAUCUCAUCUUGUUUGUGACUGUUUAUUUGACAGAUGGCUAUUUUGGACACUUUGAGAUGAGGUGUCGUUUCAGCUCCGAGGAGCCCCGUGAUAUUGAGUUUCUGCUGCAGGUCUACGGCAACAAGAAGUUACUGGGACAAUACAACAGCACAACAGAGAAAUGUACGGUCUACACACAAUGGAUGAAGAACUUCACUGAAACGGCCUGCAAAGGCCCUGCUUUUCUGGCCGCGAGGAGAGACGAAAUGAAGAAAUACUGCAGCAGCAACGUUCCUGUGGUGUAUGGGUACUUACUAGAGAAGGCAGUUGAGCCCUACAUCAGGCUGAGGUCAGUGGAGCCGUUCAGUACCAGACACCUGGCCAUGCUCGUGUGCAGCGCCUACGACUUCUACCCCAAACCCAUCAGUGACGUGGCUGAGGACGGACAGGAAGUGACCUCAAAUGUGACUUCCACAGAGGAGCUGGUCAAUGGGGAUUGGACCUACCAGAUCCACUCGCACCUGGAGUACACACCCACACCUGGAGAGAGAAUCGCCUGUAUGGUGGAGCACUUCAGCCUCACUGAGCCCAAACUGUAUGACUGGGACCCCUCCAUGCCGGGUCCUGAGAAGAAUAAGAUGGUGAUUGGGGCCUGUGGGCUGCUGCUGGGGGUGGUCUUUAUAGCAGCUGGACUGAUCUACUACAUGAAGAAAUCUACUGAAGGACGAGUGUUGGUGCCGACCAUGGUGCUGCCAGAAAGUUAUGGCACCAUCUAGUGGUUCACACCAGUCUUCCUUCUGAAGGUUGUGAUCUGAACUCACUUAAUUAGUCUGGGUACCAGUCUUUUUAGCUAACAUUCCACUCCUUGUUGCAUUUUCCGUGACAUAUGCCAAGGAGGUCAAGUAGUGGAAUGUCAGCUAAAAAGACUGGUACCCAGACUACCACUUAAUAAUUCCAAGCACAAUGUCUUCUCAGUCUCCCAGGCCUUUUGCAUUGGAGGAGAGGUUGCAGCCAGAAACUCCCAAGGCCCUUCUAUGGGGAUCAGAAUCCCGGCAUUCAAAUCAAGAGUUUACCACCGAGUGGCCAACUUGAUCAAAUCUAUGUCCACAUCCUGUGCGUCUGAGACAUUAAACCUAGGUUAUGAUUUUGUAAGGAAUUUUCAGAUGCGACAAACACGAUUGGUUUAUGGAAUUGUUCAUCCUUAGGUUUUGAUUCUAAUUCUUGUUUCUAUUGGCAACUGAUAUUAUUGUUAAC